CUCUUAGGAUUCCGGACGAGUCUGUGGAGCUCCGCCACAUGGAUCUAAGAUGCUUCGACCCCUGUUUCGUCACAAACCGGCGUUAUGCCAAGAGACCAGUGUCCAUAAAAGGCCUCUAAAUUACCUCUUUUGGCUCCUCCCCUGGGCUCGACACCGACCUAGGCUUGAUGGCUGAUACUAACAAUGGCGUUUUUUUUUUCUGCUUUAACCUUCACGCAUCAUGUCAUUUUUCCAGUUUUCAUAUCAUUCGGCACGCCCUCAACAUGCUUCAGGCACUAACCACCAAUCUUCAGCGAGCUUCCUUUCGACGAAUCCCCUGCUGGCACUUUUCAUUUCUCAAAUCCCUUAGACGUUGCCUUGUGGAGCCAGUCCGUUUCAGGAGCGCCCGUGACUGGAAAGGACAUUUUUUUCUUUACUCCAGAGUGCCCAGACAUGGCCGGACAUAUUUCAGAGACAUUUACGCUAAAGGAUGAUGAUGUUUCCGUUUCCAGUAUGGGCGACAGUGCAUAUCAAAGCCAGCCAGACGCCAACCGGCGAGUGACGACAGUCACUGAAGGAUUCCGAUCCAGGAGCUCACAGGAUUCCAAAGGCCAUAUGUUUGAUCCCUACCUUGGGGGCAGCUUGUACUCACCUGCUUUGAGUUCAGAUAGCCAAAGUGGAUUCAAUGCGCCCCAGUCCGAUAUGAGCCAAAUGUUGCUACCACCGUCCGCCGGAGACUCGGACAUGGGAAACGAAGUAUUCAAUUUCGCUAACUACUCCACCGGGCAGGGCUACGGUCCACACCAGAAUUCCUCAGUCCCCCAAUACUUCUCCUCGGCGAAUGAGAUGGAUGCUGGCCACCAAUGGGCGACGGCUGAUCUUCCCUCCUUCACGACACCCUUCGCGGUAAGGAACGUGGAUGCGAAUGCACUUCUCCCUUUCCGCCAACAGCAGCAAUCGAGCCGAGACAGCAUGUCCCAGCACUUCUAUCCACCGUUCAUGUACGCAAACCAGGAAGGCACUAGCAAUGCCUUUGGUAUGUCCAUGAAUGCUCCACAUUCCCGGCCUCGUGUGCGAAGGCCACAAGUUGACACCACGUCAACGUCUGAUGCCGAUGCGGUGCGAAGUUCGACCCCCCUUUCAGCGGGUAGGCGAGUGUCGAUCACCGAUCAGAUGUUCCAAAGUUUCGUCAUGUCGCCAACAUCGAGCGUUUUGAGCAUGCCGCAACGAGCAAGCAUUGCCGAGAGCGAUUUCACUGAGCAGUCAUCCUUCAACAAAACUGAAAAUAAUGUAUCCUUUGAUGAUUCUGUUACUGCUCCUUCAGUCAAAGAUGACGACUUCGACGACGACAUCUUCUCGCCUUCCCAGAGCUCGGCCGCUCAAGCUUCUCUUGAGGAGGCCGAAGGCAAAUUGGCUCGCACCCAUCCGCUCUACCAGGCGCAACCGAAGGAGGACGAGCUUUACCAUUGUCCCAACGAAGGACAAGCUGGAUGUACCCACAAGCCCACAAAGCUCAAGUGCAACUACGACAAAUACGUUGAUUCGCACUUGAGGCCCUUCCGGUGCAAGGUCAAGACUUGCGUUGGCGUUCGAUUCUCCUCGACGGCUUGCCUUCUUCGUCACGAGAGGGAGGCUCACGGUAUGCAUGGACAUGGUUCCAAGCCCCACCUCUGCACAUACCAAGAUUGCGAGCGAUCUGUGCCUGGCCAUGGCUUCCCCAGACGCUACAAUCUCUUCGACCAUAUGAAGCGGGUGCACGACUACACCGGGUCGACGUCCCCAUCUGAGAAUGUCUCUCCGCCUGUGCAGUCGGCUCAUGCACCCCUGAAGCGCAAAAGCAGCAGCCGCAAGCGCAAAACUCUAACUCAAGUGGAUGAGAUGACGGAGAAGCGUCAGAAGACAGCCAACAGGAUCUCAUCGGCCGCCGCCGCUGCUGCCUCUGAGCAGAACCGCCUCAACCAAGAGCGGAAGAACCUCAUGAAUGAAUGGACCAAGAGGAGAGCGACAGUCGUUCUCGAUCUCCAGGGCCUGCAAGGCCCAAAGGACAUGAACAGCCACUUCCAGGUCAGCGAGGAUCUUGCUGCGCUUAGCAAGAUCGCCUCUCGACUCAACGAGCUCGGUUGAAGCGCAAGAUGCUCGCGAUCAGUAGGUAUCACACACUCGACACAACCAACUUGCCAUGGAUUGCCGGCAUACCUUGGACUCUACCUCUGCCCCGGAUUGCAUGAUUUCUGUCAUGUCUUUUCUUCAUACUUCAGCUGCCCGGAUGAAUGCCACUGAGCCCAUGCCAAAGGAUCUGCUACCGUGUUUCAAUCCCGGAUGCCCGCCCAGGACGGAGUCUCCUGAGGAUGAUUUCGCUGUAGAUUAGGAAGUUGGCACAGCAGCCGUGCCAUGGAGUAGAGCUCUUGCUGCACUAGACGUGCGUAGCGGUAGGAUAGGCAGAGGAGGCAUUUUGCGUUCGACGUUACAUUUGUUAUAUAGACUGUUUGAUUUGUGUAGUUUGUGCGAUGGUAAUUACCAUGGAAAAAUCGAACAUUUGCGUUUAUACUUUCGAGCACUGACU